AUGAACCAGACCUUGGUGACUGAAUUCUUCCUCCUGGGACUUUCUGAUGACCCCCAGACUCAGCUGCUGCUCUUUGCACUGUUCCUGGUAGUCUACUUGGGUACCAUACUUGGAAACCUGCUUCUCACAUCCUUGGUUCUGCUUGACUCACAACUCCAUACACCCAUGUAUUUUUUCCUAUGUAAUUUAUCUCUGGCUGACUUCUGCUUCUCAACUACCAUUGUUCCUCAAACUCUAAUCCACAUGUUAUCUAGAAGGAAAUUCAUUUCUUUCAGAGGAUGUGCUGUUCAACUGCUUUCUGUGUUGUUCUUUGGAUCUACACAGUGUUCUUUAUUAGGUGUGAUGUCCUAUGACAGGUACCUGGCCAUCUGUGACCCCAUGCACUAUCCCCUUAUCAUGACACAGAAGGUAUGUGGCCUCUUAGCUUUUGGGUGCUGGUCCAGUGGCCUUGUUGCAUCUGUGGUUGACACUGCAUAUACACUACACCUCCCUUAUCAAGGAGACAAUCGGAUUUCUCAUUACUUUUGUGAGCCCCCAGCCCUUCUAGUUGUGGCAUCUGCAGACACUUAUAGCACAGAGAUAGCCAUUUUCUUAAUGGGGGUGGUGAUUCUUCUUUUUCCUGUAUCUAUGAUCAUGGUCUCAUAUACUUGUAUCAUAGUCUCUGUGGUCAGAAUGAAGACAGCCUCAGGAAGACUCAAGGCUUUUUCCACCUGUGGCUCCCACCUCAUUGUGGUCAUCAUUUUUUAUGGAUCAGCAAUCAUCAACUAUAUGACACCCAAGUCUGCUAAAGAACUAGGGAAAAUUACAUCUGUGUUCUAUGCAGUAAUAAACCCUAUGCUCAACCCCCUCAUAUAUAGCCUGAGGAACAAGGAUGUAAAGAGGGCAUUCAGGAAUGUAGCCAACAGAAGACCAGUCUUCAGAAGCUGA